AUGAACUACGCUCUGGCCUCCUGGUUCAUUUCCUAUCUUCUGAACGCGUUCACCUGGCUCUUUCUCGAGGAAGUACCCCACAAGUUCAAUGUUCCUCGGGUUGGCCCUGACGCGCCGUUUACGACACGCUUACAGGAAGGAAUCCGGCUCAUGAGUUCUCCUCGAGGAAUUGGAUGGUCCCACGAGCCAACACACGCUCUUCGACCGUCGCCACAUCCUUCCACAACGCGAACUCAGUUCGUUGUACGACAGCUAUUUCACGCUUUGGUGUACCUGAGCGCACUAUCGCUGAUUGGCUCUACCUAUAUCCAACAACAAAGCUGCUUCAAAUAUGGUGGCCCUUCUGCAGGGGAUCCGAUGUAUGGGCUCACAAGACGCUCCUUGAAUGUCAUAGCGUUUGGCGUGUGUGCGGUUUCAUUAUUGUCAAUGCUCUAUUGCGUUGUGACUGCAACGGUUGUUGCGUUCCGCAUGGCUACCCCCCAAGAAUGUCCUCCGUUCUUUGGUAGUCCCGUUCAUUCGUCGACUCUUCGUGGGUUCUGGGGAAAAACUUGGCAUCAAUUACUCCGCUCCGUUGUUUCGCCUUAUGGACGAUCUCUCGCCGGUGGCGUCUUACGUUUCCAACAGGGCUCGAUUCCAUACUCUUUGAUUCAAUGCUACACAGCGUUCUUCAUCACCGGCCUUUUGCACGAAAUCAGCGAUACCAUGACCAGACAGCCUGAGGAUCGGACACUAGGAUUUGGCUCGAGUCUCACCUUCUUCCUUUUGCAGCCUGUUGGCAUCACCAUCGAGUCCGUGGUCAUCUAUAUAUACCAAUCACAAUUUCGAGGCGGUAGUAAAAGUUGGGAAAAGUUCGUCGACUUCGUUUGGGUAGCUUCAUGGUUGGUUUGGUGUGGGCCGAUAUUCAUAGAUGCGAUAGUGAGCAGUCGGCUCACGGACUACGAGAACUGA